GCAGGGUUACGGCCUGUUUCAUCGCGAGCCGGUUAUUCACAAAGCGCGGAGCUGCGCAAGGCGGAGCAAAAUGGCGGCGACUGUAGCAACGAUCGGAGCUCAGCAGCUUUCUUACAGCAAUGACCUGGUACCGGAUUGGGCCUCUCGGGAAGUCAGCACCGGGACACCGGGGUCCUGCCUGCCGGUAUUGAGUCCCCCUCUCUCUCUUAGCAUCGAGCUGGACGAGCUGCCCCUGGUGCAGACCGCUGCUAACCUCUUCAAAGACAUGUGCUACCGGUACCGCGAGGAGCUGAUGGCUGGCAUCAUUGUCGCCGGCUGGGACAAGAGGCGGGGAGGACAGGUGUACACAGUGCCCAUGGGGGGGAUGAUGGUGAGGCAGCCAGUAUCAGUUGGUGGUUCUGGCAGCUCCUACAUCUAUGGCUUCAUUGACUCCAACUACAGACCCGGAAUGAACCAGGAGGAGUGUCUGCGCUUCACCGCUGAGGCUCUCUCCCUGGCGAUGGAGAGAGAUGGUUCCAGUGGAGGAGUUGUGCGUCUGGCCGCCAUCACCGAGGGGGGUGUGGAGAGACGCGUCAUUCUCGGGAAUCAGCUCCCCAAGUUCUCCAGCGCCUGAGAUGAGUCGGAGCCUCCAAACAUGGGCUCCACCAUCUAGGAUUGGUUCACCUAGUCCAUAACCACAAUCUAGUUAUCAAGCCAAUAAAUUGUAUUUAUGAUGCAUUUUUCUUGGU